AUGGAUAGGUACGAGCGUUAAAUGCGCACGAAAAGUCAUAUUUUAGUGCUUGGUGGGGGCGCGGGGGGCCUCCGAAGCAAGCCCGCAUUGUAAAUCAUGAACAGUUUAAUACUGUACUCUGAACUGUGCAGGAAAGUGUUUGAAUCGGACCUCGAAGACCAUAGCGCCUGGGCUGACAUAUAUCGCCUGCUGUCCCUGCUGAGGCAGGCACUUACGUGCAGUGUUUGUGGUACCGUCCUAGUCGUCCCAAUGACUUCGAGUGCGUCCAAGUGUCGGCACGCUGUGUGCAAAGGGUGCAUGGGUCAAACGAUGCGGCUAAGCGCGCCUUGCGCUGACUGCAACAGCAGCACGUCCGGUUUCACCGAGAACAAGCAGCUUCGCAUCGUGCUGCAGUGCUACAAGAAUAUCUGCCUGUACCUGUGCAUGCCUAGGUUUCAGAGAAAGUGGGGCAGUCUGAACGGUGGUACGAAUGUCACUUUCAGAGACAUCGUCGUCGAAGGGUCCCGUCUGACCGACAAUUAUCGGCGCGUGGAGCCCAGCUCGACGAGCUUGCCGUCGACUUCGUCGUCCGUAGUGCCUUCCUUGGCAGCUUCGUCUUCGUUUUCCCCUUUAUCAUCGCCCUGUGUGGCAGCAGCAUCCACAACUGUACCUACUCAAGCACCGCGUGUCGUGAGUCGGACUUCGGCCGUAGCCGCGGUGACUAAAAGUGUGAGCGGUGACAGAGCGCGUCGCGCUGUGCUGCUCAAUGGAGAUGCGAUGGCAAUAGCGCACGACCGUGCGACUUCAGCGCCGUACAAGCUCAUAAAGGUGCCCGCAGUGCUAGAGAUCACACGCUCCGGUUCGGAUUCUACAUCGGCGUCGGAGUGUGGCAGUGCCUCGGCAGCGGCUCCUAAGACGCCAACGACCGUGCUUCACUAUCAGCGGCCAGUGACGGCGGCACGCCGGGGAUGUCGGUGUGGUGCGGCGAGCUUGAACCCUGGCAAGCUGACGUGCUGCGGCCAGCGGUGCCCCUGCUAUGUGGCCGGUGCGAGCUGCAAGAUGUGUCGCUGCAAGGGUUGCCGGAAUCCUGUGGACAAGAUCACCCAGCUGUGGGGCGAAGCGCUGCAAGGGGGCAGCCAGACGGGAGUCGACGGCACGCCGACGUCCGAGCCGCGGACUCACGUGGUGCACAUCUUGCAUGUAGACGAGUGACACAACGCCGUUGUGUGCCUGUAUGAUAGGUGCAUCAUUGUGUUUCAUCUCAUCAUUGAAGCCACCAACUAUGAGGGUUAAUGAUUCGAAGACAAUGCGAGCGUGUGCCUUCCUGGGGAAGGUUUUAUGCCGUGGGGGUAGAUAGACCUAGUGGGACUUCAGCUUUGCAGAGACCAACUCGGCUGAACACCGCAGGCGGGUUUCGCCAUUGGUCACUCUGUGAGCUCCAUCAAUUCUUGCUGGUCUUGAGCGUGGUUUUAGAAUGCUGGUCAACAGUCUUGGUUUCUGGUGUUGUACUGUCAGUAUAUAAGUUUUUUGAGGUAGUCAUGGCUUGAUUGAUUGAUAUUUGGGGUU